ACGCAUAUUGCACGUAAAAGAGUAUUGAACUAAUAUUUCUAUAAAACAAAAUGGAGGCUAUGGAAGUUGGUGAAGAAUGUGUUUCUACAGAAUCGCUUACAUCCUGGUUUGACUAUCUCGCGUUGGAAUCUUUUCUUGGAUCUGGAUCGUUCGGUUAUGUCUUCAAGGCGGUCAGCGGACAGGUCAAUCUUUCCGCAGUGAAAGUCAUAUUUAUCGACGAGCUUAGAAACCAGCCGGACGACCAAGACGAGAAACAUCGCGUCUCCCGAGAAUACAAACUAAUGAGGGGAAAGAAACACGACAAUUUGGUCGCAAUACUAAAAGCAACCGACACACCAUUUACUAAAGAAGACGUCAAGGUCCUUCAAAAUAUUCAAUGUCUUCAGAACAAUGAUGACGUACUGGAACAACUUUAUGCUUUAUCUUUUCGAGCACAAAAAAGAACACGAAUUCCCACCAUCUGUCUCCAAAUGGAGUUAUGCGGUAACACGUUGCGUGCCUGGUUGAACAGAAAUAAUGAGAUGGACAACCCUGACUUACACCCAGUUCGCCGGCGUAUAGUUAAAGACAUGUACGAAGGGCUAAAGUAUCUUCACAGCAAUAACAUCAUGCAUCGGGACUUUCGCCCAGAAAAUAUUAUGUUUUCAUUCUCAACAUCGGGGGAAGAGUUCGCAUUUCCAGUAAAAGUGGGUGAUUUUGGAUUGUGUCGGCAGAUCCAUGGGGGGCACACUAAAACUAAAACCCUGACCGCUGGUGUAGGGAAUGCCACGUAUCAGGCCCCAGAAACGAAAUCAUCGAAAUAUGGAAUUCCCGCGGAUUUGUAUUCCUUUGGAUUGGUGUCAUGGGAAGUUUUCCAGAUAAUUAAGCAGAAAGAUACGAUUUCAAUGUUCGACAAGUUAGUUAAUGAUGAUGAAAUAAGCCUGGUUGAACAGAAGGACUGGUGGCUUCGGUACUGGGGAGUCUUGAUUUUGUGUCUUACGCAAAGACACGUCGAAUAUAGAUUGACGGGACAUCACGAAAUAUUGCUGAUCGACCCUUUUAAAUCUGAGUUUACUGUAUACAGUAAACUCAGAUUUAAAAGGAUUCUAUAUAAUCACAUGCGCAAUAGCGUUCUUUCACCCUUGAACCAGGCGAUACUGUGAAUAUUAAUAUUAAAGAUGCCACAAACAAAUCUUACGAGUUUAAAGCGGAUAAUAUUACUUUUAAUGGGGCUAAUCCUUCCAUCCAUCAACAGAUUAUAAUGAACAUUACAGGAAACUUCUGUACAAUUAAAGAUUUGAGCUUGGAGUCUUUACACAUAUAUGGUAGUAAUAACAGUAUCAGUAACGUAAUUUGUAACCAUGUGAAUAUUGUGGGAGAAGGGAAUCAAUUGAGUAACGUUCGUACCUUACACAUCUAUGAGGGUAAAUUCGGAAUUGCUUUAUUUGGUAAAAAUAAUGUUUUACAAUCGUUCAAAUGUUGCCCUAUCCCUCUUAAAAGUACUGAAGAUCGUGUAUUUUGCACUUAUUCAACGCAUGAUAACAAUGUGGCUUUUUUGCAAUCAUAUAUCCACAUAUGCAUUUAUGUGACAGAUUUCAGCGAAUCAUGUACACUUGAAAAUGGUAUUGUACGAAAUGCCUUAAUUAAGGGAAGAGGACAUGUUUUGAAGAACAUUAAGUGCAUAAAUUCUAUUGAGAUUAAUAGGAAAGACCAUAGAACAAUUGAUGUAGAUGCUGUCAAAUUCAUUGAUUUGUCUACAAACCCGUUUCGACACUGAUACCUUUGAAAGCGUGAAACUCCACGAUACGGAGGAUUCACCCCCUGGUUAUAUACGUUUGUAACUGCUUAUUUUUUUCAAAAUUCAUUAAAAGGUCACGAAACAACUUUCGAUUUUCCACUCAAUUUAAAUUCUUAUAAUAGCCACACAUUCCCCCAACUUGUUUUGAUUUGUAAAAUGUUUUGAAAUUAUUCGAAGUUUUUAAUUUUUAUAACCAUGCAAAUUAUUUUACUGUGUAUUAAUUUUUGAAAAUAUGAAAAUGGUAUUAAUUUAUACA